CAUUUUUAUAAAUUUGCAUUAUUUGUCGUGGGUGACAUUGGCGAAAUGGCUUCAAAAAUACCAGAAAAAGCGUUGCAUUUGAUUAAAAAUGCCCCUAGAGUUACAUUAAACAGCAUCAAGCCUUUACCGGACUCGUACACACUUAAGGUGAGACAAAGACGAAGUCGAGCUAAAGGCGGACAGAGUGGUCGAGGUAACAAGGGUCAAGGCCAGCGAAUGACCUUGCCCAGACUGGGCUUUGAAGGAAACAACACACCGUUCUACAUGCAGAUGCCCAUUGAACCAUACUAUCAGAAUCACCACUUGCGAAGGGAAUACCCACCACUAUCUCUACACACUCUACAGAGAAUGAUCGACCUAGGUCGUUUGAAUACAGAAGAACCUAUAGACCUUAACACGAUAUGCAACACGGGCAUCUAUAAGAUUAAACCGAAUGACAAUGAAUAUGGAAUCAAUCUAACAGAUGAGGGAGCUGAUCUUUUCACAUCUAGGGUGAAUGUUGAAGUCCAGUGGGCAGAAGAAUCGACCAUCGCAGCCAUUGAGAGAAAUGGUGGUAUGAUCACUACACGUUUCUAUAACCCAGAGUGUCUGAAAGCCGUUAUAGACACCCAGGACCACUUUAGAAAGGGACUCCCCAUUCCUCGCUGCCCUCUUCCACCCCAGGAUGCGUUAGAGUAUUACAUGAACCCAGAAAACCGUGGAUACUUAGCUGAUCCCAGUAAGCUUCAGGAAGCCAGAUAUGUGUUGGCCCAGAAGUAUGGCUACGAGGCGCCAGAUUAUUCCAUGGACCGGAACCCCGCUUUGUUCAAGAAAAUGAAAGAUCCGAGACAGAUAUUUUUUGGCCUGAGUCCCGGAUGGGUUGUUUGUCUGAAAGAUAAGGCCAUUAUUAAGCCGAAGGAUGAAGAUUAUAUUCAGUAUUAUCAAUCAUGAUUAUAGAAUGGAUGAGUUCUAUAGAAUUGUGCAUACAUUCGGCAUGUUCAUAUUUGAUGAGAUUUUAAAAAUAUGACAGAUGCAGAACAUUGGAAAUUAAACGGGCGAUUAUUUAUUUAAAGAUACAUUGAUCUAAUAGUUAUCUUAAGAUUGUGUGACUUACUUGUUUAAUAUUGUUUACCUCUUUUGAUUAAAUGGUAAUGGAAAAAUAUCAUGAAAAACUGUGACACUAUCAGUUUAAUGUGCAUUCUUAUAUGCCUGUUAAUUUAACAUGCAUACUGGCAGGUGUAUUGGGGUUUCCUUGUCCUGUAUGUUGAGUUCUGUAACUUAAGUAGCCUUUGUCUAAUUUUGAACAAAUUUGUUGGACAUGUUUAAUAACCAGCUGCAGUGUAAUAUUGCUUCUGUCACUCAAAAGUUAUCGCACUUUAAAUAAAGAAAUAACCUGAAAUCAGUCUUGUCUGAUCAAUAAUAAUAAUUAUGACAUUAUGAGAGGAAUUGCAGUAUAUAAGAACCAAUACUAAAUUUAAGCUAAUUAUAGAGUUAUUGCCCUUUGUUAUUUUUCCUUGUACGUAGCAUAACUUGAAAUCUACCGGAUUGAAUUUAAUUAAACAUCAUGGUAAAGCACACAGGAGAAAGUGCAGUUUACAAGAACUAAAACUCCUUAUUUUCCUUUUCUUGUCUGGAGCAUAAAUUAAAACUACUGAUGGGAUGGAAAUACACCUUUGUAAAUAGAUAAAAGGAAAUGAGAGAAAAAGCAGUGCUUAAGAACCUAAAUCAUAUCCUGUAUAUUAAGGUUGCCUAACCCUAAUGAAACCUCAAAUUGAAAUCAAUUUCAUUGCUUUAAGCCUAUGUUGUUAGCACAGGAUUACAAAUCUUUUGAGGGUUUCAUGAUAGUGGUUUGAAUCCAACCAGAAGCAUAUUUUUCUUUUUUCCUAUUUUCCAGUUGCUAAAAUAUUUUUACUGAAGUUCGUAUUGUUUCAAUAAACAGUUAUUAAAUACA